AUGUCUUCCCGCGACGCCGUGUACAACGGCUUCAGAGAUGAUUCCACCCGCGGCGCUCAGACUGCUACCUUCCACAACAUCCCCAGCAAUCCAACUUACAAUAUGGACCGCUUUGUUGACGGCAACGAUCGAUCCGUGCUCACCCCUCCAAGCUCUAAUCCAACAGAGGCUAAAGCUAUAGCACAAUCGGAAGCCCGCGCAUCUGCCGCGAUUGAUGCAUUUGACCAGCAGUUCAGCUCGGCCAGCAGGCCACCGCACCAGUAA